AAACCUCUCACCCGCGGCAUGAAUUUAGCAAACGGGGAAAAAAAUAUGGAUCAAGCUCAGAAAAAGCCACCAACGACGGAGCAAGAAAUUAAAAACGACGUUGAGUCUAUCAAGAGCCCAUACUUGAACUAUGAUAACUUGGAAGAUUACAAGAUGAAAGGUUACGGAGCCGAAGGCCACCAAGAGCCUAAGCUCGGCAUGGGAGGUGGAGCCACCGAUGCUCCCACUCCUUCAGGGCGCGUUGGCCGUGGUGGAGAUGCUGCAUCGACGGAUCUUUCCUCCACCGGUGCCAUUAACCGUCAGGGAGUUCCGUGAAAGUAAAAAAAAAACUUACGUUAUGGGUUUGUGGGAUCGCCAAUAAACACAAAAAUAUUAGCGUAGUUUGUCCAAUAAACUGAUCUAGUUUCGUUUCUUUUAACGUGUUUUUAAUGUAAGUUUGAUUACAAACUUACAUGUUCUGUAUCUUAUUCUAAUAUACUUCAAAUGAUACUUUUAAUACUACAUCUUUCUGAUAU